CUAGGUUUGCCACACCAUUUCACUCUCUCUAAUCAAUCAUCCAUGUACAACCUUUCUCUCUUGAAUCUGGAUACCAAAAAUAUAUUUAGAUCAACUUGGCAAUUUUGAUGGCAUUUUCUGUUUCACAAUAUAAAAUAUCGAUCAAAACUUUUUUGUCGACUCGGAUGUUUUCUGAAUUCUUUACUCAAUACACACCUGAUUGCAGGAACUUCUUACUCUUCUACUAGAGAAGAAACUUUACAAAGUAGUAGCUAAGAAAAAACAACCGAAGAGAGAAAAAACAGAGUCUCAGCUCAUCUUCAAGCAGUCUUUAUCUUAGUUACUUCGAUCCGGAUUUGUAAAACCAAGAAAGAAAGAAAAAAAGAAAGAUGGGAUUUUUUACGCUAUUAGAGGUGGCAACCAUGCCUGUAUUACAGGUUCUAAUCAUCAGUAUUCUGGGUGCUUACAUGGCUACUAACUACUGCAAUCUUCUUACGGCUGAUGCUCGCCGACAAAUGAACAAGAUUGUAUUUGUAGUGUUCACUCCAUCUCUCAUGUUUGCAAGUCUGGCUAAGACUGUAACCCUCCAAGACAUCAUCUCAUGGUGGUUUAUGCCAAUCAAUAUUGGGCUAGUAUUUCUAAUCGGGGGAAGUCUCGGAUGGGUAGUUGUUAAAAUACUAAAACCUGAGCCCCAUCUUGAAGGCCUUGUCAUUGCUACAUGUUCUGCAGGAAACUUGGGAAACCUUAUGUUGAUAGUAGUCCCUGCAAUCUGUAAUGAAAAGGGUAGCCCAUUUGGUGAUCAGAAUCUUUGCAACAGUGUCGGGCUCUCGUAUGCAUCAUUCUCAAUGGCGCUUGGGGGUUUCUUCAUAUGGUCGUACACCUACCAUCUUAUACGAACCUCGGGCAUAACUUACAGAGCAAUGCAAUUGGCUAAAGAGACUAUCCCAAAGUUACCGAAUAAGGAUUUUGAUGCCGAUGCAGAAACUAAACUUCUAAAAGAAGAUGACGAAGACGAAAAAUUUGCUGUAGUUGUGUCAUCUCCAGAUCUCUUUGACGAACAAAAUGAAACGCUUGCUAUUAUAACACAAACAUCAUCUGGAAAAGUAGUUGCUGACGAAAAACAAUCGGUCUCUGACAAAAUAGUAUCAGUUCUUCACCAAAUCGUGGAAGAGUUGCUUGCUCCUCCAACAGUUGGUGCAAUUUUGGGUUUCGCUUUUGGAGCAACCCCAUGGCUAAAAAGUCUCAUCAUUGGUGAUGGAGCUCCUUUGAGAGUCAUCCAAGAUUCCAUCAAAUUACUAGGGGAUGGAACAAUUCCCUGUAUUACUCUUAUACUAGGAGGAAACCUUACCCAAGGUUUACGUUCAGCAAGAUUAAAGCCUAUGGUGAUCAUUGGAGUUAUUGUCGUGCGAUAUGUGGUCCUUCCGGUGAUCGGUAUGGGUGUUGUCAAAGCAGCAGGUGAUUUUGGUCUCCUACCCGCUGAUCCAUUGUUCCGAUACGUCCUAAUGUUACAGUUUACUCUGCCACCUGCCAUGAAUAUCGGUACCAUGACACAACUAUUUGAUGUGGGUCAAGAAGAGUGUUCCAUUCUGUUCUUGUGGACAUACUUGGUUGCUUCUCUCGCCAUUACCCUUUGGUCAACUGUGUACAUGUACAUCUUAUCUUGAGCAUCUAUAUCUACGCGACAUCCUCAUGCUACAGAUAGAUCAUUACCAUCGAUCCCCGAGACAAAGCUAUCGUUCAUAGUUGCUAAAUUUAAUCAGUUAUUUGUGUUCUAUGUCUGUAAUACUUAUUUUUUAAUAUUGAAAUUGUAACAUUGGAAGUAAAAGUUCAGGGGGUUAAGUCAAUGGCUGUAGAAAAGUUAUGUUUGCAGUAUUUAUAAGAAAAUUUGUGCGGAAUAAGUAUGGAUCAUGUGCCUCAUUGUUGAUUUGAUCGGAAUGAAUAAAUGAAUAAAAAUUAAAGAAUGACA